AUGGCCUCUUGCAGGUACUUAUUCAACUCUUGCAUUCAGACUUAUCACGUGCUUGUUUUUAGAGAAAAACAUCCUAGUAAGACCAGACGCUAUUCAGUAACGAGAUGUAAAAGUAGUUGCCGUCGAACUUCAGAUGAAGAGAAAUGUACCACAAGGAAGCUUAAAAUUCUAAUUGCUGGUGGGGGUAUUGGUGGGUUAGUUUUGGCGUUGGCAGCAAAACGCCGAGGGUUUGAAGUGCAGGUGUUCGAGAAGGAUCUGAGUGCAGUGAGAGGGGAGGGACAACACUGCGGUCCAAUUCAACUUGUAAGUAGUGCUUUGGCAGUGCUGGAAGCCAUUGAUGAGAAUGUUGCAAAGCAAAUCAUGGGUGCAGGUUGUGUUACUGGCAAUAGGACCACUGGCUAUGCCGACGGUCAUUCAGGCGAAUGGAUUACAAAGUUUGAUCUUUCCUCCUCAGCUUUGAGUAAGGGCCUUCCCCUCACUAUCAUAAUAUGCAGGAUGGCGCUGCAAGAUAUCUUAGUCAAUGCAGUUGGGACUGAAAUUGUGAGAAACAAAUCCAAAGUGGUGGACUUCAUUCAAGACCCAAGCAAGGUUACAGCUAUCCUUGAAGGCGGGGAACAAUUUGAUGGUGAUGUUUUAGUAGGAGCUGAUGGAAUUUGGUCAACAGUCCGUUCGAAAUUGUUUGGGAGACAGGAAGCAAAAUAUUCGAGUUACGCAUCCUACAGUGGAGUGACAAACUUUGUGCCACCAUAUAUUGAUAGCGUUGCGUACCGGAUCUUCAUCGGAUUGAACCAGUGCUUUGUUGCAACAGAUGUUGGGGGUGGGAAGGUACAAUGGUUUGCCAAUCAUAGAGACCAGCCUAUCAGCAAUGAACCUCCUCAAGGAACACUCAUCUCUCCCACUUUUCUCUGUAGAAAGAAGAUGCUCCUGGAGAUAUUUGGUAAUUGGUGUCCUGAAGUGGUUGCAAUAAUUCAGGAAACAGCAGAGUCCACAAUUUUACGGCGAGCUAUCUAUGAUAGAGACAUGAUUUACACCUGGGGAACCGGCCGUGUUACUCUGCUGGGUGAUGCUGCUCAUCCCAUGCAGCCGAAUCUAGGUCAAGGGGGUUGCAUGGCAAUUGAGAAAAAUGGAAACAAGUUGAGAUCUUUUUGA